UCAGGCCUCAGGUGGUUCUGGAGCUCAGAGAGGAACUGAACCGAAGACGCAAAUCUGUCUGGAGCUGAGUUCAACACAGAGUGGAAAAAAACAAACAAAAAUCACUUCCGGGAGCAAAAUCAGGAGGUGAAGAAACCUGCAAGGAGGGAGGAGGAGGAGACGAGUUUAACAGGGAAGAGCUGGGGGAACAUUAGAGGAAGGAGAAGGUGAGUUUAGCUGUUGCUGAGGCAGAAAAAGGAGAGAAAACCAGCUGAGAAAAAACCUGAGGAAGCUUUAAGAACCCUGAAGAAGCUUUAAGAACCCUGAAGAUCCCUGGAGAAGCUUUAGGAAAUCUGAAGAACCCUGGAGAACCCUGACAGAGGCCAGCUGUGGGUGGAUGAGCGUCCUAGACGGUGGAGCUGCUGUGGGCUGAGCUGUGGGCGGGCAGAGAGGAAGUGUGGUUGGCAGGAGAGGAAUUUAAAGCCUCAUUGUUCUGGGAGCAGUGAGCCGAGCAGCCUAGGAGUCGACCGACAUGGACGUGAGCUCAGCUGUGGAGAAGAUGUCCAUAAAGCAAAAGAGUUCAGCAGCAGCGAUGUGUCUCGCAUGUAAGGAGAGCUGCUCUGGAUUUCAGCCACAUUCUUGGAGGAAAGCCUGCACAGCUUGUGGAUGCAGUACCGUCGAUCACGCUCCUGGAGGGGACCUGGAGGACGACCAGCAGAUGGGACGUCUACUGGCCGACUCCCCCUGUGCACAUUUAACAGCGAAGGUUAAAGGAGGCGGCGGCCUUCGCAUGUACAAGAGAAACCGGAUGAUCGUGACAAAUCCGGUGGUGUCGCGCAAAGAUCCGACCUUCAACACCACGACGUACGACUGGGCGCCAGCUGGACUCAAUCAGAAACUGGCGAUGCAGUACAUGGAGCUCCUCCCAGAGAGUCGACGUCCAGUUUCAGGCACCGAUGGAGCUUUAGAGCGUCGCAGGCAGCUCCUCGGUCAGCUUCCUGCCUAUGAUCAGGACCCCAUGAAGUGUCAGAGCCUCUCCACCGAGGAGGAGAUUUCCUCCAUGCUGCUGUUUGUGAAGCAGUACAAACAGGAGGCGCUGGGAGUCGGGGAGGUGGCUUUACCCGGGGAGGGUGGAGCUUUGAGGGAAGCAGCUGUUCAGAGGAUGGCCAAGGAGGCCAAGAAGGAUGCGGUGCAGCAUCAGGACCACAGCUCGACCAAUAGCAACGCCGCCUCCGCUGCUGGUUCCACCAAUGGGACGGAUGACGGCAGCAAGACUGAAUACCGGUGCACCGGUUGCCAAGGCGAGGUGGAAAAGGAGAGUCCUGCUGUGUAUGCUGAGCGUGCUGGUUACCAUGACGCCCUGUGGCACCCAACGUGCUUUGUGUGCUCGGAGUGCGGCCAGGGAUUGGCUGACCUGGUCUACUUCUGGUCCAAUCAGAAGCUGCUCUGCGGGCGUCACUACUGUCAGACGGUUUGGUCGCGAUGCUCCGGCUGUGACGAGCUGAUCUUCUGUCAGACUUUUCUGACGGCAAAUGAUGGACGGACGUUUCAUUAUCAUCAUUACUGCUGCUGGAAGUGCGGACAAAACCUGGAUACACCCUGCAAACACUGACGCUCACCAGAUGUUUUAGCACCACUCGGAAAAACUAAAUCAGAAGGAAGCAAAUCCUAUUAAUUUCAAACUGUGGUAAAAACAAAACAGCUCAGCAACACAGAAAUAAGUGGAGCUGAAAGUCUUCACAUUGCAUGUUUAACUGACAUAUUAGUGCUUUAAAUGCUAAACGUCCGGCUGAUUUAUUAGUGUUUAAAAUACUUAGAACACUUAACUGACACCGAAACACUCAUCGAGCUGAGCCUACUGGUGUUUGAGGUUCUUAAGAAGCAGUUCAGUUCGACACAACAGUGUUUAAAGUACUUAAAGGAACAUCCCAUUGAUUUAAUAGUACUUAAAGUCCUGACAGUGACGGCAGCCAGCUGCAGCUUCGUGUGGAGGCCUGGACCUGACUUUUUAGGAAACAAACAGUCAAAUAAAAGGAGAAGUAUUACAGCUAAUGUAAAUAAAUGAACAAACAAGUAUGAGUUUCAGAGCUUUCAACUGUGUCGACAAGUUUUAGUUUCCAUUUUCACAUUGAGGUCCAUUCACUGCAUGGUUUGUUUCAGAGAUUUUGGCCAGAUAGCAUUAGAAGUUGCAAAAAUAUGCCAUGAAAAUUAAGCAAACUCUAUGUGUUGAGGUCAAAACAAACUUUCAAGCUUAGUAAUUUGAUUAUAUUUAUUUCUCCGAAUGUGUUUGGCCACUUGUCAUCAUCUUUACAUAACAUAUUUAAAUAUAUUUUGAAUUAUUUGUAGGCUUCCUGUAUAAGUCUAGAUUCUCAUAACGUGACAAUGAUAAAAGUGUAGCAGUCGUGAAAAUAUUUAAUUUAAACACAAGGUCAGGGAUCACAAAAACAGCUUCUGAAAAGCAGAUUUACCCUCAAAUUUCUGCUUGAUGCUGUCAACAUUUUUAUUUUGGAGGAAAAAAACUGCAAAAAAAAAUCCUUCUUAUGAAGUCAUUUUUGCCUGUAAAUGGAGCUCAAUUAAUGUGUAGGUAACAAUAUAUUCAUUUUUUCAUUAUUUUAGUGCAGCAGCGUGCCUUAUUCAUCUACAUGUAACUUAAUUAUCAUUACUGCAGGUAGAAGCUGACUGAAAAUACUAAUUAUGCAGUGUUUUGUACUUCUUUUUAUGGAAACUGUGGAUCAAAUGGAGAUCUUUCUUUUAAUGUUAACAUUAAAUGCUCAAUCAAAUAUUAAAAAUAGCUUCACUUAAUCUUAACACCAAAAUAAUGAAGUAAUAAUUAUCCUAAAUAUGUCAGGUUUGGAUUUUUGCAGAUUUAUUUUAGGCAGAAAUAAUUUUAUGGGUUGAUUUAAACCUCAGAAACUGGACAUUGAAAAGGCUCAUAAAAACUAAUUAGUAAUUAAUAGCUGGAACUUUUAACUGCUUUUUCUAAAGUAGGUUUCAAUUAAUUGCCUUUUAAAUACAGAGUGGAUUAGAAAGUUUGAUUUUACUAACUGCUAACAGUAUUUAGAAUUUUCUUGUCUGUUCUCUUCUGUUUUAUUACAGUUAGCAUUUAAUCUCUUAUGAAAAUGGAUCUCUGCUGCAGCCAAUCGUUGAAAAUGUUUGUUUUAUUCUAUUUUGCAAAUGCUUAACAAAAGUGUAAACUGUCUUUUAAAUAUUUUUCUUGUCAACUACGAGGAGAGAGAGUAAAAGUGCAGUUACAUAGUUUGUGCUAAAAUGACUCAAAACAAAUUAGCCAGAGACUGAAUGUGCGCUAGUCAGAAGCUAAUUAGCUCGGCUUUUGUUUCCCAGUAUGAAAUGUAUCAGUAUAAUCAGCUAGCUUAACGUCAGCUAACCUUUGCUUGUGUUUUAUUUUUAAUCCUGAUUGCUGCUAAAAGAAAAACAAAAACAGUAAGUGAGAUAGCAAAACUGUUUGAGGUGACGUAGCAUUUUAAAAAUACUGUUCAAUAUGACGUUAUCUGUGGAAGAUGAUGAAUAUAAAAAUAUCAGACUGAACAUUGACUGCAGUUUGUGUGUAUUCUAUUUAGCCUAGCUUAGCAUAAAACUGGAAGUAGUUCAGUCAUUUAUGAAACAAUGCACCUGUGAAUUGUGCAGGAAGAAACAAGAUGUAAAUCUGUCUGUGGUUACGUUGAUGAACAAGGAUUUUAAAAAUCUGCUCUGUCAAGACAAUUCAUUUUUGGAUAAAAUAUGCAGAAGAAAAACUGUAGUAGAAUCUUAAUGCUGUGUUUUUAUAUUUGUCAUUAUUCCCAAUGAGGAAUUUCCAGUUGAAUAAAGCAAAUUAAUAAA